ACGAACCCGAGACUAAGACCGCAGUGGAACCCCGAAUCGAUGAAGAUCGCUCUCCUCCGCAUUUCCGCACUGUGUGUCCAAGUGGCCUGGUGGAGGAGCUCCAAUUUCUUUUCUCGGGCGAAUGCAUUUCCUUAUAAUGCGUUGUCUUCGCCAUUCGUGAUUCUUUCUUUUCCCGAAUAGCGAGCUCCGUGAUAUACCUGCCAUAACAUAUUCUACGGCCAACCCCACAUUUGAUAAGCAUUAUCGCUCCGAUUGUGUAUCAGGCAUAUCUAAUCAGACCCGAUUGCUGGAUUGAUGUGUCAAAAUGGCAACUCAGAAGCUCGUGACUGUCCAGCAGGUCUCAGAACAUAAGACGCCUGAAGAUUGCUGGAUUGUCGUGGAUAAUCAGGUGUGGGACGUUACUGACUUUUUGGAGGAACAUCCUGGGGGCUCUACGAUUAUCUUGAAAUACGCAGGCCGUGAUGCCACAAAAGCCUACUCGGAAGUUCACACCCCAGGCGUCCUGAAAACAAACCUCCCGGCAGAGAAAUAUAUAGGUGUUCUCGAUGAGUCCACGAUAAACGAUGAAUGGAUCAAAGAGCCACCUAGUGCAAGCCCCAAGGUUGUUUUGGAACACGAGAAGCCGUCUUUGGACACUUUGAUCAACUCACACGACUUUGAGGAGGUGGCAUCCAAGACAGCCUCCAAGAAGACAUGGGCAUUCUACUCCAGUGCCGCGACAGAUUUGAUAACCCGUGAUGCUAACAAAUCGUGCUUUGAUCGCAUAUGGUUCCGACCUCGGGUGCUGAAGAAUGUGCGCUCCGUUGAUACCAAGUCGAAGAUUCUGGGGGUCGAUAGCAGUCUACCUUUGUUUGUUAGUCCAGCUGCCAUGGCCAAGCUCAUACACCCAGACGGUGAAUGCGCGAUUGCAAGGGCUUGUGAGACCAAGGGUAUUAUGCAGGGUAUUUCCAACAAUUCUUCCUACACAAUGGAUGAACUAAGAAGCACCGCACCCUCGGCAAACUUUUUCUUCCAGUUGUAUGUCAACCGAGACCGCGCCAAAUCGGCUGCUCUGCUCCGUCAGUGUUCGGCCAAUCCCAACGUAAAAGCGAUAUUCGUGACAGUCGACGCUGCAUGGCCAGGCAAACGAGAGGCGGACGAGCGAGUCAAGGUAGAUGAAAGCCUUUCAGUUCCAAUGGCACCGAGCAAAGCGAAGAACGACAAACAAGGCGGUGGUAUUGGACGUGUCAUGGCCGGGUUCAUCGACCCUGGAUUGACAUGGGAAGACUUGGUUUGGGUACGGAAGCAUACGCAUCUGCCGGUGUGUCUGAAAGGAGUGAUGUCGGCAGAUGAUGCUAUACUAGCGAUGAAGGCUGGGUUGGAUGGCAUUCUGCUGAGCAACCACGGAGGGCGCAAUCUUGACACCAGCCCGCCGUCUAUUAUCACAUUGUUGGAGCUCCACAAACGGUGCCCGGAGGUUUUUGAUAAGAUGGAAGUUUAUGUGGACAGCGGAAUCCGGCGGGGAAGCGACAUUUUAAAGGCGGUUUGCCUGGGUGCCACGGCGGUUGGGAUGGGACGCAGCAUGCUCUUUGCUACGAAUUACGGCCAAGAGGGGGUGGAGCAUUUGAUAGAUAUUAUGCGGGAUGAAUUAGAAACCGCGAUGCGCAACACCGGUAUCACCAGCCUUGACCAAGCGAAUGCAGAUCUGGUCCACACCGGGGAUGUCGACCACCUCGUGCCGGGGAGUGUGUCGCAUCCGUACGCUCACGCAAUCGCCAAGUCACGACGUGGUUCCAAAUUGUAGAAGAGACUGAUAGUCUGAUAAAUUCGAUAACUGGUAUAUAGGGAGAUUGUGAUACAGUUGCCAAGUAUUCU